AUGGUAAGAACAAGCGGAGGAGGAGGAGGAAGAGAAAGGUUUCUCCAACAAACCCUACUCCGUCGAAUCGAUUCAUGCAAAUCAAGAUUCUCCACUGCUGAUGAUAUCGUCGACCAUCUCCGUUCAACUUACUCUAGUUAUCACCGAAUGAAGUUUCAAACUCUCCUUUUUUCGGUUCGAAAAGCUCUUCUUGCUUCCAACAACAAUCAAGCUUCAUAUCAUUCUCGAAGGAGACGAAGGAAUGAUGAUUCUGACGAUGAUGAUUCUGAAGAUGAUGAUCAUGAUCAUGAAAGAUAUAGUUCUCGAAAGAGACGUAGGAAUGAUGAAUCUCAAAAUGAUGAUUCUGAAAAUGAUCAUGAAAUAAUGAGCACACAAACUUCGUCUGAUUAUUCUUAUCGAAAUAGGCAUAGGAUUGAUGAUUUUGGAUCUGGUUCUGAUGAUGAUCAUGAUCAUGAAAGAAUAAGAAAUGCUUCUCGAAAUAGACGUGCGAUUGAGAUUGAUGAAUAUAAUUCUGAAGAUGAUGAUGCUGAUGCUGAUGAUCUUGGAAGAAUGAGAUAUGGAAGAAUGGGCACUGGAGCUUCCUCUAAUUAUGAUUCCGAGAACUACAUCAAAAAAGUAGAGGAACCGGAUGUUUUAAGGAAAAGUUCGAUCCCUAAUGCAGCCUCCGGUGUUGGCAGCAGUGGUGAUGUUAAGAAAGGGCCGAUGUUUAAGGAUUUAGCAGGGAAUAGGAUGGAGAAGAUAAAGAAGGAAUUGGAAGUGCCUCUUAAUUUACUGUGUUACCCUGAGUUGGGUAAAAAGUUAGGUUUGGAACCAUUGACGGGAAUUUUGCUGCACGGACCACCUGGUUGUGGGAAAACUAGACUUGCUCAUGCUAUUGCUAAUGAAACUGAACUUCCUUUUUAUCCUAUUUCUGCUACUGAUGUUGUUUCUGGUGUCACUGGUGGAUCUGAAGAAAAUAUUAGAGAGCUUUUCUCUAAAGCAAAGAGGACUGCUCCAUCAAUUAUCUUUAUUGAUGAGAUUGAUGCAAUUGCUUCGAAAAGAGAGAAUUCACAGCGACAGACGGAGACACGAAUUGUGACACAGUUAUUAACUUGCAUGGAAGAAGCUUGUAAUUCAGUGAAUUCUGAUGAACCUACUGGUUAUGUUCUUGUAAUUGGAGCCACAAAUAGGCUUGAUGCUAUUGACUCUGCUCUUAGAAGGCCUGGUCGUUUUGCUCGAGAGAUUCUUGUUGGCAUUCCUGAUGAAUCUGCGAGGGAAGAGAUCCUUUUCGUGCAUACUCGAAAGCGUAGUGACAAGUUUGACGCUUCGGUUGAUCUGCAAAAGAUAGCCAGAGCUACUUCGGGAUUUGUUGGUGGUGAUUUGGAAGCUCUGGUCGGAAAAGCUGGCGAGCUAGCAUUGGAAAGGAUAAUUAAUGAAAGGAAUCGUAAAUCAUCUAAAGAUCUUAUGAGUGAACCUAAUAUAGUCAGGUGGAAGAAAACUUUGUCGCCUCAAGAAAUAAAUAAAUUUGCAAUCAAAAUGUCCGAUUUUGAGGAAGCAAUCAAAAUGGUACAACCUUCGUUAACAAGAGAAGGAUUUUCUCCCAUUCCUGAUGUUAAAUGGGAAGAUGUUGGUGCGCUUGAUGAUGCAAGAGAAAAUUUUGAUUCCAACAUUCUAAUGCGUAUAAAAGAACCCGAGAUUUAUGAGGGACUUGGGUUGGAUCGAGACACGGGGUUUUUGCUUUACGGGCCUCCAGGAUGUGGUAAAACACUGAUUGCCAAAGCUGUUGCCAAUGAAGCCGGAGCUAAUUUCAUUUAUAUUAAGGGUCCUGAGCUUCUAAAUAAAUAUGUUGGAGAAAGCGAGCGUGAAGUCCGGAAAUUAUUUGAUCGUGCAAGGGCAUGUGCACCUUGUAUACUUUUUUUUGAUGAGGUGGAUGCUUUGACAUCAAAACAUGGUAAUGAAGGUAGCAGGGUUAUUGACGGAGUUUUGAAACAGUUGCUUAUUGAGUUAGAAGGCGCUGAGCAACGCAAAGGUGUUUUCGUGAUUGGUGCAACAGAUCGGCCUUUGGAGAUGGACAAAGCUGUCCUACGUCCGGGUAGAUUUGGUAAUCAUAUUUAUAUUUCUCUUCCAAGCCCAGACGGCCGUGUUUCGAUCUUAAAAGCUCUUGCAAGGAGCAAGGAAGCUCUUGCAAGGCGUAAGGAAACUCAUGCAAGGUUUAAGCUUAUGCCUAUUGAUGCCAGUGUGGAUUUGAGCGCCAUUGGAAGAUCGAAAGCCUGUGAAAACUAUAGUGGUGCCGAUCUUGCUGCAUUGAUGGACAAAGCAAUAUUGGCUGCUCUCGAAGAGAAGCUAGCCACAACUGCGAGAACAAGUGAUACAUUGACCGUCGAGCGUAAGCAUUUUUACGUAGCAUUGACUAAAGUCCAUCCCUCUGUGUCAGAAAAGCAAAUGAAGUACUAUGAUCGUGUUUCCAAGAAACUUAAAGGUGGUGAUGUUGAUCUACAGUGAAGCAUGGUUAUUUACAAGGAAGUGCAUUUUUCCUGCUAUAAGGAUACAAUAUUUAUUUGCCAAAUUGUGGUAAUUUAUCUUCCAUUGAAUUGCUUGCGGAUUAGAAGCUAGAAGAGAGAUGUUUCAAUAAACAAUUUUUUUA